AUGACGGAUCUGGUCAAACGCCGAGCCAGCGCAAACAAGGAAUCCUCCCCCAUCCCAACACCGACCCUCCUAACCCCGCACCUCCCCCCGAAAACCCUUGUUGGCAUCGACCUAAUCACAUUUACAUCAACACCGAACUUCCAUGGUAUUCGCGACAUCCCUGGCGGUUGGCACUUUCUGUACACCGGGACAACAGAAGGGUUAUCACUGCGAUGCGGUGCUUGGUUCUUCAUCGAUGACGAUGCGACAAAAGGAGAUAGUAUUGGCGCGGAACCGCAGGUACUCAUCUGGCGGUGGGAUGGGGAUACAGAGGCGCUGGAGCAGAUUAAGGGUACAGAGGAAGGACAUCAGGAGGCAAUGCGGUACCGGGCGAAUUUGGGGGCGCUGUGGAGGGGUGGUGGGUUGUUCGGGUAUCGGAGUCGGGUUUCUGUGCACAGGUCGCAGCAGUCGGAAGAUGAGGCGGCAGAGGAGGAAGGGAGGAGAGAGUGGAGGGCGUUGACGGAUCGGUUGUCUGCGAGGUUGUUGAGUAGGAUUACGGGCGCGGACCGGGGAGAGGGGGUGGUUGAUGUGGAUAUGGACUGGGAUGGGAGGGUGCGGUGGGUAGUUACGUCUGGAGGUACGGCGAAGCGGGAUAAUGAUGAUAUCCCUGGGCUUGAGGGGUCGAGUUUAGAGCGCGUGGCCCAGUCUGGAAAUGCCGGGGCGAAGGAGAGGGACUUCUCGUUCCUCCCUGUCGAUCUGAAGAUGACGUGGAGGGACGGCGCGAUAGGUCGCGAGCGAACAGAGGCAGCGCGGGAUCGGUCCUGGGCGUUGGGCGAGAUCAUUCAGAGCGUUUCGUCGCGUCCUGAUGAUGAAAGCGAAGGCGAAACGCAGGUGCUCGGGGAGCUACAAUUCACGUUCCUCAUGGGUUUGACCUUGAUGAACUACUCGUGUCUCCAACAAUGGAAGCGGUUACUGCGACUGAUAUUAACAUGCCGCCGGGCAAUCGUGGAGAGGGCGUCUCUCAUGGCCGAAGUAUUGCGCUUAUUGUUAUCUCAACUCAAGCGGUGCGACGACAUCGAGGGAGGACUUUUCGAUCAGUUAGGCGAAGGAGCUGAAUUUCUACGAAAGCUACUCAAAGCUUUUCGGACGGCGCUGUACGAAACCCUCGAAGACGUGGAAGGAUCUCCUGUGCAAGCCGAAUUUGAGCGCCUCGAAUCUUGGGUGAAGAACGAGUAUGAUUGGGAGCUGAACCGUGAUGCUGUGCUUCGAAAGGGCACGCUCCAGUUGGAGGACGGAGAGGAGGUAGAAAUGGAAAUGAUUGAGGACGAGGAAGACGACUACGCGCCGGUGAUUGUCGAUUUGGACACCGUGCCAGAGGCACUGCGGUGA